AUGGAGGUCAGCAAAAUUUCAGAAGUCGGCAUGGCGCCGACGAUGGGUAUCCACGAUGCUCUCUCCAUGGACGACAAGCAGAGCGUUGUAGCUGCGUCGAUUCCAAUCAAGUACAGAGGCACCAACGCUGAUCAGAGAGACAUGAUGACGCUUGGAAAGAAGCAGGUGCUCCGCAGGAACUUUCGCUUCAUCACAAUGCUGGGUUUCGGGUCCACCGUCAUUUGCUCGUGGGAAGUGAUACUACCCGUCUUUUCUUUCGUGCUUACCGACGGAGGCUAUGGCACUCUCUUCUGGGGCUUUAUCGCCGUCACGACUGGCAUGCUCUUGGUAUAUGCUAGCUUGGCAGAAAUGGUUUCGAUGUGUCCUACUGCUGGCGGUCAGUACCAUUGGGUGUCUGAAUUUGCUCCUCCCAAGUAUCAGAAGAUCCUCAGCUAUAUGACCGGCUGGCUAUGCGCUACAGGCUGGCAGGUCUUUCUGGCAUCUGUCGCUUUCAUGGUCGGUGGUAUCAUUCAAGGACUCAUUGCGCUGAAUAAUCCCGACUACGCUUUUGACCGAUGGCACGCAACGCUGUUAACGAUUGCCAUUAUGGCGUUUGCGAUACUAUUCAACACGGUCCUUGCUGUUCGCUUACCGCUGAUUGAAGGCAUCGUGCUCAUACUUCAUAUCGCCGGCUUCUUCGGGGUCUUUAUCCCGCUUUGGGUCUUGGCUCCGCGCGCACAUUCAGACGUGCUACUCACCUUCGCGAACAAUGGUGGCUGGCCGACGACUGGAAUAGCAGCCAUGAUUGGCCUGACAACGCCGCUGACUGCCCUUAUCGGUUAUGAUUGCUCAGUGCACAUGAGCGAGGAGCUCCAAGACGCAUCUCUGACCAUGCCAAGAGCAAUCAUGUGGACGGUCGGCCCUAACGCCCUGCUCGGCUUCCUGAUGGCCAUUACGCUAUGCUUCACUGGCGGCCCGAUCGACGCAUUACUAGAGACGACCACCGGUCAGCCCUUCCUCCAAGUCUUCUACAACGGCACACGAAGUCUAGCGGGCGCCUCGACCAUGGGCGCCAUCGUCGUAGUCUGCCUAACAUCCUGCUGCAUCUCCGAAGUAGCCACAGCAUCCCGGCAACUGUGGUCCUUUGCCCGUGACAACGGACUCCCCGGCUCCCAAUGGAUAGCGCACGUCACCCCAGGCUGGAACAUCCCACUCCGAUCUGUAUUAAUCUCGUUCGUGAUUACCUCCCUACUGGCAUGCAUUAAUCUCGGCUCCACCACCGCGCUUAAUGCUAUCAACUCGCUUGGCGGCGUCUCCGUGCUGAGCUCAUAUUUCAUUACGAUAGCUUGUCUGAUAUGGAGGAGGUUAUAUGGCGCGCCGCUGCCGCCACGGAGGUGGUCUCUCGGUCGAUACGGCUUAUGGAUCAACAUCGCCGCCCUCUGCUUCCUGAUACCGUUGUGGUUCUUCUCGUUCUGGCCUCUGGCGCAACCUGUCACGAGUCAGAAUAUGAACUGGAACUCUACGAUGUUUGGAGGCAUGUUGGUUGUAUCGGUGGUGUAUUACAUCGCGUACGGGCACAAGGUCUAUGAGGGCCCUGUAGUACUCGUGAAGAGAGAUCAGUAG